ACCAUCCACUUAUAACUCUCUUCUUCUUCUUCUCUCUUUUCCCUUAAUUUCUUCAAUGCUUUUACAUCUCCGUUUCCCAUAAAUAUUACUCAUUCUUCUCCUCUCUCUUUCACCUAAAACCAAAAAAACAAAACAAAACAAAUGAAGAAAAACUACAUAACUACCUUCACUCUCUUAGCUAUCUUGAUCAUCAUCACAUUCACUUCCACCUUUGCUGCAAGACACAUCCACCCACAAAAACAUUUAGUUGGAAAAACAAAGAAAGGUGUAGCUAGUGGAGGAGCCAGUAAUAAUGGAAACGACACCGGUGGUGGGGCGUUUGGAGGCAUUUUUGGGCCUGGAAGUGGGUUUAACAUUCCUGGGCUUGGUGGAGGAGUAUUUGGUGGUGGAUUUGGAAGCCCAAAAGGUGGAGUUGGAAAAGGUGGAGUCAUAAGGUCCAGUGUAGUGUGCAAAGACAAAGGCCCAUGUUUGGGGAAAAAAUUGAUAUGUCCAGCAAAGUGUUAUAAAUCAUAUUCAAGUGCUGGAAAAGGUUAUGGUUUUGGUGGUGGAUCUGGUGGAUGUACCAUGGAUUGCAAGAAGAAAUGUGUUGCUUAUUGUUAAAAGAAAAAAUAAAUGGGCAUUGACCCCUAAAUAGCUAGUAAGUCACUAAAUUUAUAUUGCUUAAUAUGUGUUUGAGAGGUAUUUUGAUGAUGGAUGUUGUUUGGUUGUAUUUGUUAUGUCAUGGGUCAUGUCAUGUGGAACACUAUAUUAUGUGCCUAAGUUCUAAUAUAAGUAAUAGAAUUAAUGAUGAGAAAUUUAUGUUUGGGAUUCA